AUGGCGACAGCUAAGGACGGUUGUGGCUUAGCGGUGGCCGCCGGGAAGGGGCAGCGGCCUCACCUGGGGAUUCCUGAGGCGGCGUUUGUGGAAGAUGUAGAUUCCUUAAUGAAGCAGCCUGGAAACGAGACUGCCGAUACAGUACUAAAGAAGCUGGAUGAACAGUACCAAAAGUAUAAAUUUAUGGACCUCAACCUUGCUCAAAAGAAAAGAAGGCUAAAGAGUCAGAUUCCUGGUAUUAAGCAGACUUUGGAAAUCUUGAAAUACAUGCAGAAGAAAAAAGAGUCGGCCAAUUCGCUGGAGGCCAGAUUCUUACUGGCAGAUAACCUGUACUGCAAAGCUUGGAUCCUUCCUACUGAUAAAGUGUGCCUGUGGUUGGGGGCCAAUGUGAUGCUUGAAUAUGAUAUUGAUGAAGCUGAGGCACUGCUGGAAAACAAUUUAUCGACUGCUACAAAGAAUCUUGAUGCUCUCGAGGAAGACCUUGACUUUCUUCGCGAUCAGUUUACUACCACUGAAGUCAAUAUGGCCAGGGUUUACAAUUGGGAUAUACAAAGAAGAAACAAAGCUGAUUCUACCAAGAGCAAAGCAUAA